AUGUUGAAUAAGAGUAGUGUAUCUAUGAUAGAGAAAAAGCUCAGAAAUUAUGUGAGAGAGAGAAGAGAGAGAAAGAAAGAGAAAGAGAAAGAGAGUAAAACUGUUAUGGUUAUGGAAAGUAACGAGAGCUGUAGUAGUAGAAGUGCGGAAUCAUCGCCGCCGCGCACGGUGGCGAACAGUGGUAACGGUAACCGGCAGCAGAUGAAAAAGCUAGAGGUUUACAAUGAGGUUCUUCACCGACUCAAAGAGUCUUGCAACGACGAAGCUAAUGAACCUGGGUUUGAUGAUGAACUUUUGGCUCACUUUAAUCGUUUACCCACCAGGUAUGCACUUGAUGUAAACGUGGAAAGGGCUGAAGAUGUACUCAUGCACAAACGCCUACUGCAACUAGCACAUGAUCCUGCUAAUAGGCCUGCUUUUGAGGUUCGGCUAGUUCAGGUUUCUCCAACAACUGAUGGAAGCUCUGAUGAAUUAGUUUAUUCCAGCUCUCCUAAACACCAACCACCCCAAAGCAUUCAUCCACCACCUGCCUUUGGGUCAUCACCUAAUCUUGAAGCCCUUGCACUUGAAGCAAGUGAGUCUCAGAUUCGGAAUGGGGAUAGUGCUGUAAAUAGCUAUCAAAUUCUUCCCAGGCCUAUGCAUGAAAUUACCUUUUCAAUGGAGGACAAACCAAAGCUUCUGAGUCAGUUGACAGCUUUACUUGCGGAAGUAGGAUUAAACAUCCAAGAAGCACAUGCUUUUUCCACAGUAGAUCGUUACUCAUUAGAUGUCUUUGUUGUUGAUGGUUGGCCUUAUGAGGAAACCGAGCAACUCCGAACUGCAUUAGAAAGAGAACUUUUUAAGCUUGAGAAACGGUGUUGGCCAAACCAAAAUUCAUUGUCAGCUUCAAGUGAGCUGGAUCAAACAGUAAUGCCAAGUCAACUUAAUUUGACAAUACCUAAUGAUGGAACUGAUGUUUGGGAAAUUGAUUCUCGAUUUUUAAUACUUGAUCACAAAGUUGCAUCUGGAUCAUAUGGAGAUUUGUAUAAAGGUACAUAUCGUAGUCAAGAGGUGGCAAUCAAGAUACUUAAAACUGAACGUGUAAACUCAGAUUUGCAGAAAGAAUUUGCCCAAGAAGUUUACAUCUUAAGGAAAGUCCGACAUAAGAAUGUUGUUCAGUUCAUAGGAGCAUGUACUAAGCCUCCAAGCUUGUGCAUUGUAACUGAAUUCAUGAGUGGAGGAAGUGUGUAUGAUUAUUUACACAAGCAGAAGGGUACUUUUAAGCUUCCAACAUUAAUCAAGAUUUCAAUUGAUAUAUCAAAGGGUAUGAAUUAUCUACACCAAAAUAACAUCAUACACAGAGACCUCAAGGCUGCAAAUCUUCUCAUGGAUGAACAUGAAGUUGUUAAGGUCGCUGAUUUUGGUGUUGCAAGAGUGAAGACUCAGACAGGUGUCAUGACAGCAGAAACUGGGACAUACCGAUGGAUGGCUCCUGAGGUUAUUGAGCACAAGCCUUAUGAUCACAAGGCGGAUGUUUUCAGUUUUGGGGUUGUAUUAUGGGAAUUACUAACAGGAAAGCUUCCAUACGAGUACUUAACCCCACUACAAGCAGCUGUCGGUGUUGUUCAAAAGGGAUUACGUCCGACUAUUCCAAAAAACACACUGCCGAAACUUACUGAGCUGCUUGAGAGAUGCUGGCAGCAAGACCCAACUUUGAGACCUGAUUUCACAGAAAUCAUCGAUAUUCUAAACCAAAUAGCUAAGGAGGUCGGAGAAGAGGUAGAUGAUCGGCGCAAGGACAAAGGAUUCCUAUCGGUUCUUAGACGUGGCAAUCAAUGAAAACCAUAUUUAUAACAUUCUUUCACACGAUGUUUUUAACUGGAAUCACCUUACGAUAGUGUCUUGUACAUUGUGCAUUAAAAGUUGUACCUUAUUCCAAAAGUCAUUUAAAAAAGGCUUUCUCUUGGAAAAAAAUGUUUAUUCAUUUUAUAGAAGAAUACUUGAAGGAUGAGAUGUGUAAAAUUACGUUGAGUGGAUUUUAUCGGCUUGUUUAUAUGAGCUCGACUUAUUUAAAUUGAUGGGUUACCAA